CGGAGGGAGGGACGGAGGGCCCCCCAGGGCUCCCCGCGACACCCCCGAUCCCUCUGGCCGCGGGCUGCUCCGCCCGGUUGGUUGGGCCGCGCGUCUGUCAGAGCGUGAGAACGGGACGCCGGCUUCGCCCUCGCCAUGGCGCCCUGGCUGCAGCUGCUGUUGCUUUUGGGGCUGCUCCCGGGCGCCGCUCCGGCCCCCAACGAGCCCCGAGCGGCCGGUGCGCAGGCCUGGGAGCUGGCGUCCCCGGAGCUGCUGGAGCCCGCCCGCUUCGCCCUAGAGAUGUACAACCGCGGCCGGGCUGCCAGGACGCGGGCCGCGCUGAGGGUCGUGCGCGGUCGCGUCCGCCGGGCGGGCCGGGGGUCGCUGUACUCCCUGAAGGCGACCCUGGUGGAGCCGCCCUGCAACGACCCCACGGUGUGCCAGCUCCCUGUGUCCAAGAAAACCCUGCUUUGCAGCUUUGAAGUCCUGAAUGAGCUGGGGAAACACAUGCUGCUGAGGCGGGACUGUGGCCCAGUGGAUACCAAGAUUACAGAUGACAAAAGUGAGACUUUCAGUUCAUUCCUUCCACUGUUGAACAAGGAUCCCCUGUCCCAGGACUUUUCUGUGAAGAUGGCUUCAAUCUUCAAGGACUUUGUCACCACCUAUAACCGGACAUAUGAUACGAAGGAGGAAGCCAGGUGGCGCAUGUCCGUCUUUGCCAAUAACAUGGUGCGAGCGCAGAAGAUCCAGGCCCUGGACCGUGGCACAGCUCGGUAUGGGGUCACCAAGUUCAGUGACCUUACAGAGGAGGAGUUCCGCACCAUCUACCUGAAUCCCCUCCUAAAAGAGGAGCCUGGCAAGAAGAUGCGCCUGGCCCAGUCCAUCCCUGACCUUCCUCCACCUGAGUGGGACUGGAGGAGUAAGGGGGCUGUCACCAAAGUCAAGGACCAGGGCAUGUGCGGCUCCUGCUGGGCCUUCUCAGUCACAGGCAACGUGGAGGGCCAGUGGUUCCUGAAACGGGGGGCCCUGCUCUCCCUCUCUGAGCAGGAGCUCUUGGACUGUGACAAGGUGGACAAGGCCUGCCUGGGCGGCUUGCCCUCCAGCGCCUACUCGGCCAUAAGGACUCUGGGAGGGCUGGAGACAGAGGACGACUACAGCUACCGCGGCCACUUGCAGACCUGCAGCUUCUCUGCAGUGAAGGCCAAGGUCUACAUCAACGACUCAGUGGAGCUGAGCCAGAAUGAGCAAAAGCUGGCGGCCUGGCUGGCCAAGAAGGGCCCCAUCUCCGUCGCCAUCAACGCCUUUGGCAUGCAGGUCACAGGCAGAGGCUGGACCACAGCAUCUCAGGACCUCUGGAGGGGGCAUCAGGGGAACGCCGAGGAACCUUGUCCUUACCUCUGCCUCGGGCUAUGGGCCAGGCUCUGCCACACCCUUCUGGGCCAUCAAGAACAGCUGGGGCACUGACUGGGGCGAGGAGGGUUACUACUACUUGCACCGUGGCUCCGGGGCCUGUGGUGUGAACAUCAUGGCCAGCUCAGCAGUGGUGGACUGAGGCGCACCAGCUCAGGGCCUGGUGCUGGCCGGAGCAGCCCCUUCCCCUGCCUGACCUGCAUGACCAGGCCCCUCCCCAGGAGGCACAGCUGGCUGAGGGAUGGGCACCAGGUACCUCAGGGUGAGCAAAGGCCACUGGGCUAGGGGCACAGCCCCUACUCCCACCCUGAAGUUCCCCAACUGCACCUUUGUUGAAUUGUGGUAGCUAGGAGGAUCUUGGGGUGAAGGAUGAUGUCUUGGCAGCCAAAGCUGGGGCAAGAACCCUGGGCUCGGGUAAGGAGCAGGGGGAAGAAAAUAUUCUGGUCUUAAAGCCAGCUUUGUCCUCUGUAGGCUCUGGCUUCCUGCCCCGGCUUUCCUCUGAUGCUAUAAAUUUUCUGGUCCCCCCUGGAUCUGGGGACAGUGUUGCCUUCCAUGUCUAGAGAAACUGUUGUAACCAACCUUUUCUAACACAAUAAAGAGGUGUCCUGGA